AUGAGGUGUUUUAAAUGUGGAGCUCAGGGACAUCAAAGAAAACAGUGUCAGAGAAACCGGGAUCGGGCUGAAGCAGAGCAUGAUAAGGGAGCUCCUGGUGGACAGGAGGCUAGGGGCGAUCGGGGAAAGUGGGAGGACGAGCAGCCCCGGGAGCCAGCAAAGCCUGAGGCAGCAGAGCCAGCAGAGCCCGAGGCAGCAGGGCCCGAGGCAGCAGAGCCAGCAAAGUCCGAGUCAGUGGAGCCCGAGUCAGUGGAGUCAGCAGAGCCCGAGGCAGCGGAGCCAGCAGAGCCCGAGUCAGCGGAGCCCGAGUCAGCGGGGCCAGCAGAGCCCGAGACAGCAGAGCCCAAAUCAGCUGAGCCAGCAGAGCCCGAGUCAGCGGAACCCGAGUCAGUGGAGUCAGCAGAGCCCGAGGCAGCAGAGCCCGAGUCAGCGGAGCCAGCAGAGCCCAAGUCAGCGGAGCCAGCAGAGCCUGAGUCAGCAGAGCCUGAGCCAGCAGAGCCCGAGUCAACGGAGCCAGCAGAGCCCGAGGCAGCAGAGCCAGCAGAGCCCGAGGCAGCAGGGCCCGAGGCAGCAGAGCCAGCAAAGUCCGAGUCAGUGGAGCCAGCAGAGCCCAAGUCAGCUGAGCCAGCAGAGCCCAAGUCAGCAGAGCCCGAGUCAGUGGAGUCAGCAGAGCCCGAGGCAGCGGAGCCAGCAGAGCCCGAGUCAGCGGAGCCAGCAGAGCCCGAGUCAGUGGAGUCAGCAGAGCCCGAGGCAGCGGAGCCAGCGGAGCCCAAGUCAGCGGAACCCGAGUCAGCGGAGCCAGCAGAGCCCGAGUCAGUGGAGUCAGCAGAGCCCGAGGCAGCGGAGCCAGCGGAGCCCAAGUCAGCGGAACCCGAGUCAGCGGAGCCAGCAGAGCCCGAGUCAGUGGAGUCAGCAGAGCCCGAGGCAGCAGAGCCCGAGGCAGCUGAGCCAGCAGAGCCUGAGUCAGCGGAGCCAGCAGAGCCCGAGUCAGCAGAGAACGAGUCAGCGGAGCCAGCAGAGCCUGAGUCAGCAGAGCCUGAGCCAACAGAGCCCGAGUCAACGGAGCCAGAAGAGCCCGAGGCGCAGAGCCCGAGGCGCAGAGCCUGA